CCCUCCUAGGGUUGUUGUAAAGAUUGAAUGAAAUGAUAAUUGGGAAGUGCUUAGCACAGGUGCCUGGCAGAUGGUAAGCCCUACGUAGAUGCUAGCUAUUGGUGAUGAUGAUAAUGAUGACACUGAGGCCCAAAGGGAAGUGAAACUUGCCUAAUGGUCCCACAGCUAGUGACAAUAAAAACUGAAAGUCAAGUCUUCUGAUUCUUACAUCAGAAUUUCUUCCCCUACAUCAUCAACACAAAUCAACAUGUCUCCCUGUUCCCCCAAAAGUGCAUGUGCAUGAAGAAAAUCCAUAGAUUUCAGAGAAAGUCUGGAGUUUCCCUAUUUGAAACAUUCAACUAACCCACCCAUCACACCCCCACCCACCCACAUUUAUCCUCUCUCUCAUCCCCAGGUCCUCUGAUUUCUCUCCCUUCCAUCUAUCUCUGGUCCUGGCUAUCCUGUACCACAGUGACAUCAUGGCAGUAGCCACCAAUCGGGGGCAGGGGAAACCUAAUUGUGACAGUUUGGUAUCAUGGUGACAUCACCCCUAGUCGCCCCCCAAAAUUAAGGGCUGCAGAGGCUCCAUUGACAGUUUGUAUCUGCUUCCAGCCUGCUUGGUUACUGAGCCUCUUGGUCUGACUUUGUCGAAGGCAGAUGGCAUCCGGGGUCCUCUGGAGAGUGGAAGAGGAGGAUGAGGAGGAUUUGGACCAAAAUAUUUCCAACAAGAAGGAUCCGUUCAGCCAAUUUAAGAAGUCAUUCCCAAUUCAUGUGGAUCGGAGGUUCUCUGUCCAGGGGUUCACUGCCUCCCCAAGACGCACUAAGCCCACCCUUGUUGAGGAAGGAGAUUCAGAAGAGAUUAAGCCUUUCCAGUUUGAAGAGUCUAGCUCUGAAGACACCAGCACCUCCCCCUUUUCCACCGGCCCGCUGAACCCAUUCAAAUUUUCCCUGAACCAGCCCAGCAGCCACAUCUUAGAAUUGUUGGAAAGACAGCUGACAAAGCUCAGCUUGGCCUCCUUGGCCAAGAACAAUGAGAUGCAGGGCCAGUCCAUCUGUUCCAGCCAUUCCAAGCCCCUAGUGACGAACUUCGUCCCCCUGGAUCUGGACAACCCUGAGACGGAUGCAGACACCACCAUCUCUGCUCCCCCAGAGUCUUCUGUGGUUAUGGACGUCCCUGAAGCCCCCUUCAUCUGUGAGCAUACCGUCAGCGACUCCACAGCUGUGAUCACCUGGAACAGGAGCCAAGGCAAGCAGCGGGUGAGCUUCUACCAGGUUCUCCUGCAGGAGAUGGAGCUAAAGAAACACAAGGUGAAGAAUGAGAUGCCCAGGGAAAAAUACCACCCUUGGAUCUUCAACCAGAUCAUAGGCACAACUGUCAAGCUCAUGGAACUGAAACCGAACACCAAGUACUACAUCAGUGUCCGAGCGGCUAACCCAGCAGGCCCAGGGGAAUGGUGCAAACCCUACAAAGUGAGCCCCCAGGCCCGUCGUCCCUGGAGAGGAGGGGGAGAGUGGAAGGGAGCUGGGAGGCGCAGUCAGCACCAACUGCAGAAAGGGAGAGACAGACAGACACACAGACACACAGACAGAAAGACAGAACCUUACUUCAUGGCCAUUUACAAGCUGGAAUGAUAGAUUUACACAUAGCCCUUUAAAGUUAGCAAAGCACUUAACAAACAUCAUCUCAUUUCAUCUUCACAAUUACCUUGGGAAGGAAGGUAAUGUAUUAUUUUCCCAUUUUACUGAUAGGGAAACUGAGGCAGGCAGAGGUCAAGUUACUUUCUCAGAAUCACACAGCUAGUAACUGAGGUCAGAUUUGAACUCCAAUCCCAGCAUCACCUGUGCCACCUUAACUGCCCCCAAUUCCAUGCAAAAUCUUCCCAUUUUUUAUUUUUACUGUUACUGUAAGCCUGGUAAAGAAUAUGGGCUUUGGCAUCUCAAGACCUAGGUUUAGCUUUGGGCUCUGCUCCCUACUAUCUCUGUAACUUCAGGCAGGCUCACUUGAAGCUCUCUAGGCCUCAGCUUCCUCCUCCACAAAAUGAGGGGAUUGGUGCUAAAUGAAUUUCUUAGGUUCCUUUUAGUUUUUAAAAAUCUGUCAUCCUACCAGAGAUGUGGACCCACAAUUAAGCUUUCAA